AUGAAGGGAGGAAAUUCGGAUUACACCAUUGAAAAAAAUCAGAAACGCUGGUCAUCCUUGCUUUUAUUGUUCAUUCUCGUUGUUUUGUGUAUUUUCUUAAUCGUCAUUGGCGUGUUUUUAUUUCUUCAAUAUAAGGAAAUAGAGGACUUGAAAUUCAGAGUUGCUUUUCUUGAAAAAGACAGGGUGAUUUCAAGGGUUAAGAUUUUUGAUGUCAAGACUGACAAAGUGACACGAGACAAGCGGCAGUUAACUACAGCCCAAUACAGUAGCCUUUUACAAGAAAUCACACAGAAGCAGCUGGAUGCCUUAAUGUCGAGGUGCGGAAAUGCCUCAAAGAUCUGCCUACCAGGCCCAAAAGGUGACGCCGGUCUUAAAGGUGACAUAGGCUUAAAAGGAGAUCCGGGUCUAAAUGGACCUCCGGGACCAAAGGGUGAUUCCGGAAGUGUUGGAACUUCCGGUCCCAUUGGACCUCUGGGUCCUAAGGGUGAACCAGGUGUAAUGGGUCCACGGGGAAAUUCUGGUCUGCCAGGGGAAAAGGGCGAAAAGGGAGACAUGGGUCUUCAGGGACCUCCUGGCGUUAAAGGUGAAGCUCCUUCCCAGAAGUCCUUAGAUAUGUGUUGCAACAGAUUAGCUGCCCCUUCUAUUGUUGGGCCAGCUAAUGACAUUAUGACGGUGGAACAUGGAAGUGAUGUCACACUUCCGUGUAAGACUUCCGGUGCGCCGAGAGCGGAUACAGAUUGGAAUCCUGGGGUGGAUCCAACACAGCAUGGCCGUUAUGUACAGUCUACGGAAGGCUUGGAAAUCUCUAAUGCGCAGUAUCUUGACAGCAGAAUGUUUACCUGUAAAGCUAGCAACAUAUUCGGAAGCUUCGAGAAACAUAUAUACCUUGUCGUUAUAGAUCCUAUUCAGGUAACCUUGACACCGAAGACCCUUGACGUCACAGCUUCGGCAACCCCGUCUUUAGAUUUCCUCUGCACAUUCAAGGGAAUUCCGCCUCCCCGUGUCCAGUGGUUCCACCUUGGCCCGGAUGGAACAAGGCAGAACGUGACGUCACAAGCGCAAACAGGAGGUGGGCGGAGCACUUUGCAUAUCAGUAACCCGGAUGCUAUGAGUACUGGGCAAUACACGUGCAAUGUGUUGAAUGCUUACCAGUCACAGAGUCAAAUAGCCAACGUCACUGUUCAUUCUAAACCUGUGAUAAUGAAAGGGCCUGGCACAGAGACGGCUACUAUUGGAGAGACUGUGAUUCUCCGGUGUGAUGCAGCCGGAAAUCCACAAUCCUCUGUCACUUGGACUUUCCCGAAGACAGGUACAGCUGUACCGAAAGAUGUGAGGAUAAACCCAGACGGCUCCAUCACUAUCGUCCACGUAGAUCAAUUCAGUGAAGGAGAUUAUAUGUGCAACGCCUCCAAUUCAUUUGGAUCCGCCACUGCCUCUGGGCAUCUUAACGUUAUAGUUCCGCUGGUAGUCCAAACACAGACAGAAGAACUUCCGGUGACUUCGGAAACCUUCAUAGAACUCCAGUGUUCCGGAAGUGGUAAUCCCACACCUACUUUAACAUGGCAGAAGGUUGGGUCAUCGCCUUUGAACUCUGACCCCAGCAAAUAUAUUAUGCUUCCAAAUGGUAAUAUGAUAAUUACUGGAUUUAACCCGGAAGUGGAUUCUGGACUUUACGUCUGUAACGGAACGAGUACACAAGGAACCGCUGGAGAUUACACAUUGGUAUACAAAAACAUUGGACCUCUUCAGUGUAAUUCUACAUUCAAGGCAUGUUCCACCAAGAUCGGUGUCUCUUGUGGGGGUCAAUGUCCCGGAAACUGUGACGUCAUGAAUUCGGGGAUCGUAUACGGUUUUAAAUCUUACACACCGACGUCCCCAAUCUGUUUAUCUGGGAAACACUUAGGCGUGGUGGGUCGACCCGGGGACACAGUCAUAUGGUCUGUGGAGGCAGGAGGGGAUACGUUUGAAGGGAGACAAAACAACGGCAUCACAAGUCAAUUCUCUGGGCCACUUGCUGAGAAAAUGACAGUCUACACUAAACAGCCUCAACUGGGUGGACACACCUCUAUAGCGCCCAUAGCUCCAUUGGGUGGAUAG